CCCUGCAAUCAAACAAUGGAUGUCAGUUUUGAAGCUUCUCUUCCCCUGGAAACGUCCAUGAAGCUGGAAGCCCCCCCAAAACUACCAAACAUCAUGGAAGUCUCUGACUACGCAGAAGACAUCUAUCUUUACUUGAGGGAAAUGGAGGUGAAAUUUAAACUGAAUGUGGAUUACAUGAAGAACCAGCCAGACACCAUUGAUGGCUUGAGGGUUCUCUUACUGAACUGUCUAGUGGUCGCAGGGCAAUUACUGGAGCUCCAGAAUGAGACUCUGCACUUGGCUGUGAAGUAUUUCGAUCGGUACCUCUCCUUAGAGCCAGUGUCCGAUGAGACCCUUUACCUGCUGGGCAUUGUUGCCUUGCGCCUUGCCACAAAGUUUGAAGAAGCCUACCCACUCCGAAUAAUUCAGCUUAUUCACCACAUGGAUGGCCAAUGCACCAAAAAGCAGAUCUCAGAAAUGGAGUGCAGGAUGCUGCAAGUGCUGGCUUUCGACCUUGCCCUGCCCACAAUCAAUCAGUUCCUCACUCAGUAUUUCCUUCAUCAACAGCAGCCCAACCCUCAUGUGGAAAGUUUAGCCAUGUUUCUGGGAGAGCUGUGUUUAGUUGAUACGGUCACCUAUCUGAAGUAUCUCCCCUCAGUAACUGCAGGAGCUGCAUUUCAUCUAGCACUCUACACGGUCACUGGGAAGAGCUGGCCCGAGUCAUUGGUCCAGAAAACUGGAUAUACCCUGGAAACUCUUAAGCCAUGUCUCAUGGACCUUCAUCAGACCUACCUCAGCGCAUCACAGCAUGCUGUAUAUUCCAUACCAGAAAAAUACAGUCAGCCAAUAUACCAUAGUGUAGCACUCAUCCCACCUCCAGAGACACUCAACUUGGAGUGA